AUGGACGAACAACGUUUGGAAGACUUUCUAGCCACUUUUCCAACAUCAGCAUCGCUGCCAAAAGCGCCUCCAGUGCCAGUAUCCGGGUAUAAAUGGGUACUUGGAAUUCUACUUGUCGCAAUCAUAGCCUUCCCCUUCGCGGUAUACUCGACUAAAGGAUGGUCGUCAUCAGAAUCAUCAACAAGACCUUUUCCAGAGCUUGCCUUUCUAAAGCAUAUGCAGCAAGGCAAAUCCGAUUUGGAGGCGGUCGGGCGACUUUUGGAGACAAAUAUACAAUUUGACCCAAAGGACUCUCGGAUGUCAAGGGCACACUAUCUGAAACUCUUGAGUACAACAUCUGCAGCUGCCGUCUCAGCAAAAUUCAUCAGCUUUUACCCGCAAGCAAUUGAUACCGUGUGCACCGAGUAUUCUUGGGAAAGAAUACGCAAAUAUCUCCCAUGGCUUGUGGCCCGUUUCAGAAUGGAAACCAAGCACAUGGUUCGUCAACAUCACGCCACAAUUGAUCAAGCAAUUUCAGUCCAAGAAAUGCUCCAAGAGAAAUCGACUGAAGUUGAUUUUCACCUGAUAGAACACAAUGAAACGAUCAUGGGGAAGAGCUAUACUGGCGGAGCAUGGCGGCCACGAAAAGAGCAGCAGCCUCUCAUGCAGGAGAUAAGUCAAAAGCUCAAUAACGGUAUCAGUUCAUAUCGUAUGAGCUUAGACUUCUGGAAUAGGGUAGGGGUUUCCGCAGACAGGAUAUAUUCCAACGUGUCGGCAAUGUCUAUGAGUCAUGGUCACGGUGCCAGAGACAGAGACGUGGAAAUGCUAUUGAAUGAUAUCAAGAAGGCGCUAAGGGAAGCAAUUGAGGAAAUUGUCUCAUAG